AAGUAGACAACUGUCAUCCGUUUACUCUCUAUAUUCCAAAAAGCCACGCUUGCAAACCCAAGCUUCGGCCUUGUCUGUGCCCGAGAUCUCGCGUCAUGGAUGUCAUCUCGAAGCCUUUCGUCGCUGUCGUCGUCCUCCUCCUCCUUGGCCUUGCCGCCUCCGCCGCCGCCGCCGCGCUGGACACGUCCAUCGUUAGCUACGAGGCGAGGCGCCGGGUAGGAGGCUUGCGAAGGAGCGAGGAGGAUGUGCGGCGGCUGUACGAGGAAUGGAUGGUGAAGCACCGGCGCUCGUACGACGCGGUCGGGGAGAAGGAGAAGCGGUUCGAGGUCUUCAAGGACAACCUCCGGUUCGUGGACGCCCACAACGCUGCCGCCGAAGCUGGUGGGCGCGGGUUCCACCUCGGGCUCAACCGCUUCGCCGACCUCACCAACGAGGAGUACCGGGCGGCGUACCUCGCCACCAGGCCCCCCGCCACUGCCGGGCGGAAUCGAGUGGCGAGCCACCGGUACGUGCACCACGCCGGCGAUGAGCUUCCGGCCUCUGUCGAUUGGAGGGCGGAGGGGGCCGUCGCCGCCGUCAAGGACCAGGGUCGCUGCGCAAGCGGCUGGGCAUUCGCUACCAUUGCUGCGGUCGAAGGCAUAAACAAGAUUGUUACUGGAGAUCUGAUAAGGCUAUCGGAGCAGGAGCUCGUGGACUGCGAUACAGCCUACAACCUGGGAUGCAACGGUGGAAUCGUGGACUAUGCCUUUGCGUUCAUCAUCAGCAAUGGUGGCAUCGACACAGAGGACGACUACCCCUACAAGGGUCAUGAGGACAAGUGCAAUUGGCUCAGGAAAAAUGCUAAGGCUGUCUCUAUCGAUGGAUUUGAAGAUGUCCCAACUAAUGAUGAGAAGGCCCUACUGAAGGCUGUUGCUAAUCAGCCAGUCAGUGUUGCUAUCGAGGCUGGUAGCAGGGAAUUCCAACUGUACCGAUCGGGGGUGUUCACAGGAAGAUGCGGGACUGAUCUGGAUCAUGGUGCUGUCAUUGUGGGUUAUGGGACAGAUCAUGGUAAAGACUAUUGGAUUGUGAGGAACUCAUGGGGUGAGGACUGGGGCGAGGCAGGAUAUAUCAGGAUGGAGCGUAGUGUCAACACAUCUGCUGGAAAGUGUGGUAUUGCUAUGAUACCAUCUUACCCCACAAAGAAGGAUCCAAAACAUGGACCCUGUCAUCCAUCUUCGGUGAAUCCACCAACUUCGUGUGAUAGUCAGUAUGCCUGCCUGUCAGGCACCACCUGCUGCUGCGUCUAUGAGAAUGGUCGCUACUGCUAUGCCUGGGGAUGCUGUCCUUCUGAAGCUGCUACCUGCUGCGAAGAUCAUUACAGCUGCUGCCCCCAGGACUACCCCUUUUGCAAUGUUCAGGCGGGAACCUGUCAAAUGAGCAAGGACAAUCCAUUGGGAGUGAAGGCUCUGGCUAGCAGCCCUGCCACACCCUACUGGUGGAAUUCGGGCAUUGAUGCAAGGAAAUCAUCCAAUGAGUAGGCCUUCACGGCUAGGUGGUUCUCUGUGUGAAACCGCGAGUGAGAUGUUUGCAUGUUUAUAUGGUCGUCGUGAGAAAUCUUAUCGAUAGAUUUGAGGGUGAAACGUCAGACAAUUUUCUGUAAUUAUGUAAACCUCAAUCUGUGGGUUUGCCUUUCGAUGUGUCUUACAUGAAAUCCAUACUCAGUGCCUGUUUAGCUCCAAAGUCAAGAAAUGCCAAUGAUUCAAUCACA